GUGCUCAAGCCGGCGCCGGGAGCGGAGCUCCGCGCUGCCCGCAGCCGCGCCGGGAGUUUGGGGUACGGGGUGUCCUCUGCUCCGGUGCGGGCAGCAUGGAGUACGCGGUCCUGGCUGUCGUGGUGCCUUUGCUCGGCUGCCUCCUCUCCGCGGCAUCCAGCACACGUCCGGAGUGCAGUAUCAUGCAGGAGAUUGAAGAGGAGCGCAGCCAAUGCUUGGCAGAGAUUGUUCGGGAUAAUCAGACUUCAGGUUGCAGAAGGCAAUGGGACAACAUCACAUGCUGGCCUGAAGCGGAGGUGGGAGAAGUUGUGGUACGGCCGUGCCCGAAGUACUUCAGAUUCCUCACCACUUUUCUCAGGAACGUGACCAGGAACUGUACAAGCCAGGGCUGGACGGAUGUGUACCCUGCACCGUAUGACCUAGCUUGUGGAUAUGAUUCCAGCAGCACUCCAGAGGAAGAGCAAACAGUGUUCUAUGGAACAGUCAAGACCUGCUACACCAUUGGACAUACCUUAUCACUCAUUGCUCUCACGGCUGCUAUGAUCAUUUUAUGCCUCUUCAGAAAACUACACUGUACUCGAAAUUAUAUUCAUAUGCAUCUCUUCAUGUCCUUCAUAAUGAGAGCCAUCGCAGUCUUCAUAAAAGAUGUCAUCCUAUUUGAAAGUGGAGAAUCUGAACACUGCUUUGUGAGUUCAGUAGGCUGCAAAGCCAUGAUGGUUUUCUUCCAGUACUGCGUCAUGGCCAACUUCUUCUGGCUCCUGGUGGAGGGGUUGUAUCUUCACACCCUGUUGGUCAUCUCCUUCUUUUCAGAGAGGAAGUACUUUUGGUGGUACAUCUUGAUUGGCUGGGGUGCCCCCUCCUUGUUCAUCACUGCGUGGACUAUUGUCAGGAUUUACUUUUUCGAUGUUGGGUGCUGGGAGGAAGUAGUGGAAUCCCCAUUCUGGUGGAUCAUUAAAACUCCUAUUUUGGUGUCUAUUUUGGUGAACUUUAUUCUCUUCAUUUGCAUUAUCCGUAUCUUAGUCCAGAAGUUGCAUUCCCCAGAUGUUGGACACAAUGAAACCAGCCAAUAUUCGAGGCUGGCCAAGUCCACCUUGCUGCUGAUCCCUCUCUUUGGCAUUCACUACAUCAUGUUUGCUUUCUUCCCUGACAAUUUCAAAGCAGAAGUUAAGCUGGUCUUUGAGCUCGUUGUCGGGUCAUUCCAGGGAUUUGUGGUGGCUGUUCUGUACUGUUUUCUCAAUGGGGAGGUCCAAGCUGAGCUCAAGAGAAAGUGGCGGAGAUGGCAUCUGGAGCGGUUCCUGGGCUCAGACAUGAAGUAUCACCACCCUUCCUUAGGCAGCAAUGGCACCAACUUCAGCACCCAGAUCUCCAUGCUGACCAAGUGCUCACCAAAGACACGCCGGUGCUCUGGCUUCCAGGCUGAAUUCUCUCUGGUGUGAUGAGGAGGGGGUCUCCAAGCACUGAGCAUCCAAGAGAAAAACUGAGAGACAGAAGGAUCCCCAGGAAUCAGUCAUAUGAUGACAAAUCCUUGAGAAAUGACAUGCUCCGCAUGAGCCAAGAGAGGACACAAAACUGGAAAAGCCGCUGGCAUCCAGAACAAGAUCAGACAAGCCAAGAGGCAGAGAAAUGCUUUUCCUCUGCGUCUUUUCAGACCUUUCACUCUUAAGUUUCAAGCCCUCGGGGGUUGAUAGCUAUGAGUAAAGGUCCCAGUUACUUGAGAAGAGCCUCGGAAAUCCUGAUGUGUCAUAAAUAAUGAAGUACGGGGGGUAAGGGAGGGGAGAGCCUGAGUCCCUGGUGGUUUUACCAGAACCGGCAUCUCUGAAAAAGAUAAAUUGCACUUUUCAAAAAAUGAGCCAGUAAAGGAGAGAAGGAGGCAAGAAGCAGGAAAAAGAAAUGCCAAACAUAUGAAUGUGCCAAAAGUCCUGUUGGUAAGAGGUGGUGAUAAGGCACCGGAGACAGAGUCGGGCACACGGGGAGAAGGGACAGGAGGGACAUGAGCAGGGGGAGGCCAGCGCACGAGCCCUGCCUCUGCCUUUUACACGUGUGAAGACAAAGCUGCAGCACAAGGAAAACCACUCAGAGGAUGCCCCAGUGCUGCAGUGUGUUCUGCUAAUUGCCUGUCAUCCUUGUUAGCAGAAGCUUUCCAAGCACCCUUGGGUGCCCUCUGGAAAAGCAGGUUGCUGAGAAGGAACAGCGUGAAUGCCCUUCUCUGCACAAUGUUCAUGACAUCGCGUUUUGUUUGGUUGUUUUCCAUGAAGAGAAAACUCGAUUUGCAUGUAUAAAAACCAGGUACAGAUGCCAAAAGCAGAGCCUGGCUGUGUUUUUCAUUCUUUUUAAGUUCGCUCAUAGAUCUUGGUGCAUUAACGCACCCAGGAUCAUUAGGGAUCAGGGGAAAACAAUUGGUCUGUAAUUCGUUUGCACUUGCUUAGCACACACUGCCAGGAAAGGGAGAUGUAGAACCUGUAAUCCUUAAUUGAAUCAGACCCGCCAUAAGGAGCCACUCUCCAGAUGAAAAAAAUUAGUGUCACAGCAGCAGGCGAAAUUGCUUUCAUCAGAACAAGGUUGUCUCAGCACGUAACUGGCACUCCAGGAGUCAGGAAGGAGUGAAGGAGCUAUUAAAUUGAUUUCUUCUUUGGCUUUUGCUGGGAGCUUUCAUCCUAUGAUGAAGGCAUUGUUAGAUCUUUAAGAUGUGUUGUGUAUUUUACCUUUUUUCUGAAGGCCUGUUAGCUUCCAUAUAGGGGCAAUCCCUAUGUAAAGAACAUACAUAGAUCGUGUGAAAACCAAGGGAAUAGUUUUUUUUUCUUUCCUUUUCUUGGUGGAGGGGCAAAGGACAGGGGUGAAACCAAAUCCUGCUCAGACAUGCCAGGCCGGCGGCUCUCAGGGCAUCACAUGCAGCUCGCACACCCAGGCACUGCAUGUGAGACAACCCCCGCAAUCUCAGACUCUGUCAGAAGACAGACAACGCGACGAUACAGAUGCUCAUGUUCGUGUCCCACCCAAUUGCAUUGAAUGAGGUUGCACCAGUUUUAUGCUGGGCGUGGGAAAGCCCUGCCCAGCUCAGGUGUACGCUUAGUAAUUGGGCUGCCAUCAUCACAACAUGACAUGGCACUGUCCUCGUGAAGGAGAGUCUGGGUCCCCAAUGCAUGUAGAUGGAAAGGAAGGUGGGCUCCUCUUUCAGAGUUCAGAGAUCUCAACUUACCACGUACAAAGAGCACCUGGACUUCUUUUUCUUUGUAAUGAAAUGUAGUUCAUUGAAGGGAAACAUCUUUAAUGUGGGGGCUCUGGGGGUUGUUUUGCUUGCUUGUUUCUUGCUUUAAACGUCUGUGAUUCACUGCCAACAAACCACACUGAGCCCAGGAGGAGAGUUGCAAAUCUGGACAUCCAGUUCCUUUCUCAGUUCUGAGAGAGCAGUUGUUCUAUGCCGUAACCCUCCCCAGAGCUAUACCUGGUAUCGUUUGAGAUCGAUGCUUCCAAAGUAUUUCUCCAUAUGGGGGACUAAGAACAGCACACAGGGCUGAAGGCAUUAAGGGGCAUGAGACGCUCUGAUGCAACCGCUGUGAAGGGUAGACAUGCAGUCAUGAGUUUUCAGUGAGCUAGCUGAGAGGCUUUCACAGCCUGCAAAACCUAAGAGGAUAGGCAGAUGUUGCGAAGAUAGACAUAAUCAGCUCCAUGGUCCUGGAAUUAAAGUGCUGAUGAGACCCCAGGCUGGCCAGGUGCAAGCCAUCUAUGUUAUGGCUACAUUGCACUGAAACCAUAUCGUUAGCACUUAGAAUCCAACACUGACAUGCCAUAAGAUCAUCAAAAUCCCCUCUUAGCAGCUCUCUAAUUCCUAAAAUCCAGAGAAACCAAGAGGAUGCUUAAAAUUUCCCCAUGUUGCUUGCACUGAAGCCCUUAUGCCCUGAUACCACAGGAACAAGGUCCCCAUUGAAAUCUCCAUGAGGUUCUCAGAGGCAAGCACCUUCUUUAUUGCUGGUGCUGCUCUGGUGAGUGCUUUCAGACCUGGAUUAGGACUCACACAGAAGAUACUGGAGAAUUCCCACCAGUGCCACCAAUUCUACUCCUGUGCCUGGUUCAAAGCAAGGAUUUGACCUAGCUUGCAUUUCACCAGGUGAAUGGCUAACUAGCAAGAAGGCCCAGAACAAGCAAGGAAAAGCGCGCUCUCAGCUUCUAAGAUGUUCCACCUAGUGUAAAAUGCUUCCUCUCACUUGUUCCGAGUUUGGAAGCGGCGUCAGUCUGGGAAAGAUUUGGUUGAUCAGGCUGCAAGGUCAUUCACUCUCUUUAUCUGUCGCAGUAGCUAUUUAUGCCCAACAAAAUGGGUGGGCUGCAGGGGAGCACUGCCCAGUCUCAUUAGUGCAGCCACUGAAGUGCCUGAGGUGUGAACUUGAAUCCCAGGUCCCAGACAAGCAGAGGAGUUUGAGCACAGAGCUGUUGAGUAUAAGUAAGUGGCACACCGUUACCAGCAGGCUCUCUUUUGGGAUGUGAGGGGAACCCUUCCCAUCCAUCUGUUUUAGGCAGCCUUGCUGGGGUAGAAGGUCCGUGUCUGUGAGCCAUGAGCAGUGAGAGACAUUGUGGGUUUUCCCUGUGUUCUUCACCUUCUUUUUCCUCUCCCUGUGCUUCUAACUCCAUUUGCAGGAAGACCCUUGGCUUUGUAUUUCCAGCAUCUCUUCCUUUUCAGCCCUGUGCUAACCUGUGCCAGCAUCAGCCCUAUGCCAAAGGCAGCAAGAAUGAGCUUGCCUUUGAGAGACACGACAGGGAAAAAUUCCGCUGGUUAUUUACCCAUGCCACAGGGCCUUCUGCGGCCCGUGAGAUUCACCACCAGCCUAUUCUGCGCGGGAACCUGAAGAUAGGAUGUGACCUAAACUGAGAUGCUCCUUCAAAAAAUGUUGACUAUGUUAGCAUGCCAGGAACAGUGCCCCAGGCAUCUGAUUUGCAAUUAUUUCAUCACUGAACAUCCAGCCACAUCGCCAUUAUGCUGUCAAGGAUGUUUGAGAGAUUAAAUGAAUGUGCUGAAUAUACCUGCUGUGACAGGCAUGGCAAUAUUAGUGAUGGAGGCAGCACAGAGCUGCCAGCCCAGCUCUGUUGGCCUCAUAUUUCAGGAGAACAGAGGAUUCAGUGGUGAAAUCAGAGCUUUUCACUCUGGGGAUAUGAGCAAUCAAGUGAACGAUGACAUUCGGAUCAGGCCCUUGCUUAAGCGGCUUAGUGCAGGAAUUUGGCCCCAUAACUUGGCCUCCUCUACUCUGCUUUUCAUUCAACUCCUCAAUAAAAUGGAGUUCAAGGACUUCACUGCAACCCCAAAUGACAACCCAAACCCACGCAGAGCACACAAGGCAGUGCUCAGGGCAGCACCAGUCUGACCCCCUUAACUCCGGUAUAAGACAGGAAAGUCUCCAGUGAAGGCAUCUGAAUUAAUUUGCUGCAAAAUAAGAUACCUGGAUGUGACGUGACAAGCCUUUAGAUAUGUUUGAGGAUCAUGAAUUUGGACUCCAAAACUCUUUACAGAACUCAGGCCAAAUUCUGAUCCCACUUGCACUCAUCAGUUCACUUCAGCGACUCCUGAAUUACACCAGCAUUAAACUGGAAUUUGCCUUUAGAAUAAUUCCUUUAUGUUCAGCCUGGAACUGUUCCCUUUUUACACCAGUGAGAGAUCAAACCCCUCCUGUUAAUUAGUCAUUCUAUAUUUCAGUGAUUAAACUAUAAAAAAAAAUUAUUAAUAAGUAUGGAACAAUUAAAAUAUAAAACCUAAAUUAUCGUCUCAAGGUCUAGAGGAACAAGGUUCAAUAUUAACAUUAGACUGUAGAUAUUUCUAUUCAUCUGGGACCUAUAUUGCUCUGUGGCCCUCUCAUAGGCAGCAAGAAAUGAGAAUGUGACCAUGUUUAGGGUUAAAAAAGAGCACUAAAGAAAUUCUAGGCUGUUUCAGGAUUUCAGGGCAUUACCUUGAAACCAGUUUUUAAAACAAGAAGUAUAUAUGCAGCAUCAUCAUUACUGCAGUUAUGGUAUGAAAAAGUGAUCCCAAGAAAGCCCAGGAUACAAAACACCUGAAUGUUCUAUUUAUUUUAUUUUAUUUUAUUUUAUUUUAUUUUAUUUUAUUUUAUUUUUAAUUUUUUUUUUUUUGCCUCUGAAGCAGUUAUAUUUUUUUCAAGAAAGGUGCUAGUGGGGAAAAAAAUGUUUUGUACAUUAACUAAUCCACAGAUUUACUUCUUUCUCAAUGUCCCGCUUGGUUCCCGUUCAGCUCAGAAGCCAUGGGGCAUGGUGGUGUCUGUGUCACAGGGCUAUGUGAGCCAAGGGAUUAAACCCAAAUCUCUGCUCCAAUCUGAUGGAAAUACUUUCAGAGAGAGAUGCACCUGCUGAUUAAUGAAAGACUGCCAGUGGUAUUUAAAAAGCACAAUGAAGUUCCAAAGAAAGCUCAGGAGUGAACAUCACUUGGCUCCAUGGCAGGGUAUUAAAGGGGUUUGGUGGAAUUACUUUUAGUCCAUUCCUUCCACUUUCAUCACAGUGUUUAAAUAAGGCAAAACCCAGUGGGUUUCUGCAGCAAAUAUGAAAUAUUUUCAGAUUAAAAGGGAAUGUCUCAAACUUGCAAAUGCCAAUAUGUGUCUUUGUGAAGCUUGUUUUCUUCUGUCCGCACAAAUUCAGCUUGGGUUGAUAAAUGGCCCGUGGAAAUCCAUGUGGUAUCAGAAGCUAGGAGACCAAGAAGCAAGGUUGCUUCGCCAGAAGAUGCAUCUGGGUUUAACACCAAAGCCCCUGUAAAAUACGCAUCCUCCCUGCAGUGUCCCUGCUUUGGGUUAGGGCUUUUAGCUGAAGAAAGGAUCUCAACUGGGGUGGUGGCACAGCCCCAUGCUUCUUCCCAAGGCAUCUCCGCACCAGUGAAUGUGCGAAACUCUCAGAGACAUGGACUGCAGUCCUGAGCUCCCUGACUCACAACGCAACUUUGCACUUUUCACAACCCCGAUGCUUAUGAUGGCAAGGACCGUAAUGUUCCUUGCUUGUAGAUGAACCUCAAAGAGCAGGAGGCCAAGCUCUUGGCCUCGUUUAUACUCAUAUCAAUCUGGAAUGACUCUGCUGGUAUCAUUCUGGAAAUAAACCGGUGUAAUAGGGAAAAGAAUUAUGUCCUAGACUGGUGCGUGGAGUCAGAUGUCCCAAAAUCCAGAACAGCAUAGACUUCAAUCCGUUUUCUUUCAGUCAGUCAACUUUUCACCCUGUCUCCAAUCCCACUAUUUACAUACCAGUCUGAUGAGGUAUAAUGACAAUGACUGAUCUUGUUAUUUCCCCUGGAGAUCUGUGCAGUUGUAAACUUUUAGAAAUUAGGAGUUUCCUGGGCCCAUGGACCAUCUCUUCCACCUCCAACUAUCUGAAAGUCCUAACUCCUUGUUUGCUUGCAUGGUGUUGUGCUAUAUAUUGAAGAGCCCUGGGUUUGAAACCCUGGUUAUUUCUAGCAUACUGUGAAAUCACAGGGAAGAAGGCAAACGUUGGGACUGGAAACUCCGUAACAGGUCUGUAAGGGAAAUAAUGCCCGUUUGGGUUCUGAGGGCCAGGCCUACAGGACGUGUAAAUUGGCAUCAGAAGAACACCAGUGUUUUAUACCCCAGUUUUGUGGACAUUGUAAACUUGUACAUAGAGGAAAACCGAAUAGCACAUUAAAAAAUAAAAGAUAAAAAAAAAACAGAAAAAAACCACAAUUUUGGUACUCUGAUAAUGAUAAAUUAAGCUCAAAAAAGCACUUUUGAAUUCAAAAGUGCGUUUUUUAGACUCUGUUUCAAACACCUCAAACUGUUGUUCGGUACCUCCUGCCAACUGACUCUUUUCUUCUCACUCAAACUGUAAACACCUCUGCUCUGCCCUCCUGUAAAUAGGCUUUGAAAGCAAAGAGUGAAGAAAACUGGCUGCGUACAGAGAAUUGCCUUCUCUGUGGACUUUUAUGUACCUAGGUGCUUGUGAUGUAUUCUUCAUGCCAGUGGGAACAGGCCUGCUUGCUCAGCACAGUUGAAAUCCCUGCCUUGUUUCAUGGCCUUUUGCCCAAUGUUAUUUAUUUUGUUCUGACUCUGUACAUAUGCAAUGAAUUGGCUAUUUUUUUUUUCCUUUGUACUUGGUUCAUCUCCUUGCUUCAGAGGAGGUUCUUCUCUGUGGUUGACACUGCUGAA